GCCCCCGGAAGUACAUCCAUGCACGUGUAGCAUUUUUGACAACCUUGAAAGGUAACAAAACAACAAGCUGGCAGCCUAUGCUUUAUAACAGGAACAGACUGAACCGAAGAUGCCAGUAACGAGGCUUUUAUAUCCCCUCUACCAACUGGGAAACCCUCAGCUGAGGAUCUUCAGACCCAACUGGUUCUUGACUCUGGUGAGGCCUGGAAAAGAGCAGCCACCUGACACUGUACAGUUUCGCAUUCCAAUGGAAAUGACUAAGUGUGAUGUGAAGAACUACCUGGAGAAGAUUUAUAACAUUCCCGUUGGAGCAGUUCGCACCAGGAUACAGUUUGGCUCCAACAAGAAGAGGAAUCACCUAAACCAGAAGGUUAAGCAGCCUGACUAUAAAGUAGCUUACGUCCAGCUGGCCCAGAACCAGACCUUCACCUUCCCCAACAUCUUUCCAGAAAAAGAUCAGACACCAGCGGAGGGCUCCAUGGAGGAGAUACAGGAGAAGUUUAUGGAGGAUGAGAAGCAGAGGCAGAAACUGGACCCUAGGAGAGGAGGGGUCACCGAGUGGUUUGGACUCUGAGACAGCCCACUGACCAAGAACUCUGCACUCAUAAGCAGUGGGCGUUUCAUUGGGAGAAACUUGUAUUGAUUUACAACGCGACUGUUGUGAUGUCAGUUCUAUUUCUGUAAGAAACUCUCACACGUUGUGAAGUAAAGAAGAACGAGCAUGUGUGGGAGAGACUGGAGACAUGUGUUUGGUGUGUGUGUGUGUGUGUGUGUGCUGGGUUUGCGGGGAUUCAAUCCAGAAACCUGAGCCAGAACAGAAUCACAGGAGGAGGAGAGUGGCUCUGGUCCAUGUUUUAUGGAACCAGCCCAGCGUACAGAAUCUCCAUCACCUCAGAUGACCUUCCCUCUUUUGUCUUCCACCUCCUCCUCUUCUUCUUUGUCUUUCCUCUUUAGUCCUCUCUCCUUCCUUUCCUGGUCCCUCUCCUACUGCUCUCCCUCUGCCAUACUGAGGAGUGGUAUAUUGUGGUAUCCCUAGUAGCUCCGACUCCCUGCCAGCUGGAUCCGUCUACCUGGACAACCCACAUCCUUUCCUCUUUUAUGAGUUUGCCUUGGAUUAAUUGACCACUUUAGGUAAACAACAAUUGAGAUGUUGUGUCAGCAAAGCAACGAUAUGGAAUUUGCUGGAGUGUUUUAUUAUUUUGUGGUAACACCUCUUGCCAUAACUCUGAGAGAAGAUUGGCCUCGCAUGCAAGACUUGCCAGUGAAUCCGUCUUAAUUGUAAAUGCUGUUGGAGUAAGACUAAAUAAACAGUCACUUGU